GCACAGAUUACAGUGGCCAUUGGCAUCCCCCUGAUUUACCUGUGGUUCCUGGGCAUCCCGCCUGGAUCCCCUGCGAGAGUGUACUUCACUAUCAUCGCUGCCUUUAGCUUGCUUGGCAACUGGGCACAGUCCGGAACCAAUUUCCCAAUUCUCUCGGAUAUCGUACCACCGAAGCACCGCAAAGUCAUGGCUUGGGAGUGUGCGCUGGAGAACUCCAUUGCCACUUUGAUUGGCCCAGUUUUUGUGGCCAAGCUGGCGCUGAUGUUUGGCUACACCUUUGGCGACGAAGAGGCCGAGGGUAAGUCCCUUUCGGCGGCUACCGCCCUGGGCCAAGCCAUGGCCGCAACCAUCUGCAUCCCUUGGCUGGUGACCUUUGCCCUCUACAGCCUGCUUCACAAGUCGUAUCCGGCGGACAUGCGCCGCUUGAAG